GUAUUACCUCAACAUUAACUAGUUUUCUAUUUUACCAAGUGCCAAAGAGACAAUACAUGAACAUGAGAAGUCUCUUUUAGGGGUAAAAAUUUCCUUAAGCCAUGCCCAGAUGGUCUCCUUUAGGGGUCAAAUUUAAAAUUUCCGACGAGCAUCCCCGUCUGUUUCAUAUGGGAUAAACUAUCCCCCCUGGGCAUAUACAUCACCUAAUAAUGAGAUUGACCAAUGGAUAGAUCAGUGCAUCAUCAUUAGAUCCUUGCUUCCAUAGAUCAUUGGAUCAAUGGUUUGAUGUAUCGCUGGUUUAAUGGAUCAAUAGAUGGUUGAAUUGGUCAUUUCAUUUUGGAAUUUUCCUGGACCCUCUGCACUGAGUCUCUCUUAUAAAGAUUUUGUGAAACUGUUUGUAGUGGAGAGUGAAGAUACUACAGAAGCUCAAACUUCAGCAUCACGUCAGAGUGUUUCAUCAGUCAUAUCACAGUCAUCAACAUCAUCAUCACCAACUGAAGCUGCAAAUUUUUCUGCCACAUCGUCAGACUUGCACAAUGCAGUGUGCGUUGUUUGCCGAGAACUGCCUGUGACCAGAGCCUUCCUCCCUUGUAGACAUGCAUGCAUAUGCGGCCUAUGUAGUCGUCAUCUUAGGUAUUGUCCUAUGUGUAGAGGGCUCAUCCAAUCAUAUUUCAAAGUGCAAGAUGAACCAUUUAUUGAUGAGACUGAUUCUGAUGCCAGCUCUGAACUGAGGAAAAUGUCAGUUGUUGAAAUUUUAAGAGGUGUUUUUACUGCAAGUUGAUUGGAUCCACAAACAAAAAAACGUUAAAAUGUACAGUAUUUCAAAUAGGUAGUCCAGAGGAAGUCGGUACGACUGUGUUGUUUGAGCCCUCUAUUUGGUUCAAAAUAUAUAAACAUUAAAACUUGGAAAAUUGUUUAAUUGUGAAAAAUAAAACGUACUAAAAUAACUA